UUUACUGCGGUUUUUAACUGCAUUUUUAUUUUAUUUUACAUAAAUACAUCCUGUGAUAUAUUAAACACUAUUAAGGUGUUGAAUAUAAGUAUAUACGUGUGUAUGUGUAAAAAAAAUCAUACACUUUUAUUCUGUGCUGAGAAGAAGAUGCCUCAUCAUAAUGGAUUAUUUAUAAAGGUGAGAUUUCUCUGUAACUAACUUAUUUGCGUUUUAAUAUUUUCUAUUCCAGUCUCAGAGUGAUUUCUUAAGUAAAAAUUUGCUUUUCUCGAACUCUUGCCAAGUUUUAUGGCUUAAUCUUUACUUUUUUCUUCUGCUAUUGUUAGGAAAUAUUUUAUAUACAAUUUUUGUGUGUAGUACAUACUAUUUCUCUGAUUAUUUAUAAUUCGAACGAUAUUCAUUAAUAAUUAAUGAAUAUAAAGCUAGAGUAAAAAGAUAAUAGGCUUACAAUUAUAUUCUCUUUGAUUUAUCUAUAUAAUUGUAGUUAAAUAUUGUAAGAUUCUUAAGAAUUCGGAAAGCUUGAUGGAUAUUAUAUUAUAUAUAUAUAGCGAGUGAUGAAACUUCCUAAGCUGUUUGACUUGACGACAAAUCACGACGACUUUCUCGAUUCGCACGUACGAUUUCUUGUACACAUCAUUAUCGCUGCGUCUCGAGAGAUAUCAGCAACGCCCAAGCACCUUGCACCGGCCACCUGCAGCACUCACAUAAGCAUAAGAUCUAUCUUUUUUUCUGUCCUGUCUCUCUCUCUAUUUUUCUCUCUCUUUCUUAUCACCGCCUGUAUGCAAGAUAUAUUGUAAUAAUCACAAAAAGCAGCAGAAUCUUUGAAAAAACAAAAAGCUGUGUGUGUGCCCACGGGUCAUUCUCCGUUGCAAUGUCCUUGGGUUUUGUCAAUUUCAGGGAAGGAGGCGAGACCUUCGGCGGAUUGUCAGGGAUGCUACGUCAGAUUCUUUCGCCUUCGCCCGAGAUCGGGGAGGCCGGCGUCAAUUGUAAUCUUCUACAGACCAACUCCAUAUUCACGAACCAAUCGUCGUCGAUGCUGUCGUCGACAUUGCUUCCCCCGCAUUUUCAAUCCAUGUGCCCCUCAGAUCAAUCCCUGCUCGAUCAGGUACAGAUCCUCGCCGAGUCCUAUCCCUGCCCGACGUGCGGUCUAGAGUUUCGAAGCGCUCUCAAGCUAAACUAUCACAUGCGAACGAGUCACGUCGUACGCCAGGAGUACGAGCAUAAUAUCGAGAAUCAGCCGAGGUACUCGUGCGCCGUCUGCUCGCGGACUUUUGUUGCCCUGAGCCAUCUGAAGAUGCACGAGGUCACGCAUUCCGCGUCCUCCAUGACCUCGUGCACGUCGACCUCGGCCAAUAUCCCGCCGUCCGGCAAUAAUAUGGAGAAAACGUUCGCCUGCGAUCUCUGUCAGGCCAGUUUUCGAUACCGCACCCUGUUGGAACGUCAUCGGAGGAUGCAUCAGGAGAUCGGCCAGGACAAACCUUACUCCUGUCCGAGAUGCUUGAUGCGCUUCGAGACGCGCAACUUGUACAAUCAUCACGCGAAAACGCAUCGACCGCUGCCGGCAGGUAACAACGACGCCAGGAUCAUCGGGACGAACGCGGUGUUGCCCGUGGUCGAUCCUGUGAUCGGCAAUCUCGGCAGUCCCGUGAUCCCCGCCAAGUCCAUGACUUCUUAUCCCUGCGACUCGUGCUCCAAGCAAUUCACCACUGCCGAGUCCCUGACCACCCAUAAGGCGGUGCACAGGUCGAGGCCGCUGGUCUGCGACGUGUGCGGCAAGGGUUUCACGCAUCGCAAGUAUUACGUGGUGCAUCAACGCAUCCACACCGGCGAGAGGCCGUAUCUCUGUGCCAUGUGCGGCAAAUCGUUUACGCAGGCAUCGACUCUCACGGUACACCGUCGGUAUCACACGGGAGAGCGUCCGUACACCUGUACGUUGUGCGGAAAAGGAUUUGUUACGCGAACGAUCAUGCUUAAUCAUAUGAAGAAGCACUGAGAUGUGUCAAUUGACCAAUACAAUCUUUUACUGCGCGUGAUUAAAUUCGAGACGCAACUUUUGACCGUAGAAACAAGAAAAAAAUGAAUUGAUAUGAAUCUUAUUUGAUCUCAAAGUCUUAUUUUUUCAUCAACAUUCUAAAAGAGAAUAUUAUAAAAUUUA